AAUCAUGCCACUUAUUAUUACACUCUGUAGACAAUAUGGCGAAAUUAAGCUUUCUGAUAGUUCCACUGUUUCUGGCCAGCUUUGCUUAUUGCUUGGACGAUGAAAUUGAAGAAAGAUUUAGAGGGAUGCAGAAUUUAAUGAAAACGAUGCAAACUUCAAUCGAUCAGCUCAAACAACAAGUAAAAGAGACGGAAGAAAAGUGUCAAGUAGGCAACGCUGACUUUCGCCGAUUUGUCCUCGACGGUGAAGCUCCCGAAUCAGUAGGCUUUACUGCCUUUGUCACUGCGCCGGAUUUGCUGAGCCUUGGUCACCAACAUACAAUCAAGUUUGACUACGCUGAGACCAAUGUUGGGAACGCCUAUCAUACCCACACUGGUGUCUUCAUCGCUCCACUAAAAGGAAUGUACGUCUUCCAUGCUUCCGCCAUGUCCGCGCCAGGACAGGAUCAGUAUCUCACGUUUAUGAAGGACGGCAGACUCGUAAGUUACGUUUAUCCUGACGCCCGAGGCACAAGCGGGUAUCAGUCCAGCAGUAACCUUUGGGUACUCGAGUUGGAUGUGGGCUCCGAGACGUGGCUUCAAACGUCUGGAGCAGGGCAAAUUCAUGGAAACAACUUCACUACUUUCUCCGGUUUUUUGUUGAAUGAAAUGUAGAUAUGAUUUGUAUUAUUACUUUGUUUUAUGAACUGGAUUAAAACACAACGUUAAA